AUUACCCGGUAGGUAGGGGGGGAGAAGUCUUGAUUUCUCGAUAUAAGAACCUGACCUUCUGUCUUAAACUAUGUUUCCUAAUUAUCAUAGCUUCUUCCCUUGAGAUCCUCCUAAUACCUUUCGCUCGCAUCUCAGUUCCUUUGUUCAAUUGUUACUGAAGAUAAUCAUGGCUCCACAGAUUCCGCUUCAUGAAGGAUUCCUUCACUUUCCGGCUCAGUCAGUCUUGAAGGCGCUACAGAUGAAUUGUCUGGGCUGGGAGGACUUUCAAAACCCAUGCUUCUCGGAACACAUCAGCUCGGAAGCCAAGUUUCUCUUACAGGGUUGUCAGACGGUCAGAAAAGGCUCGGUUUCCGUUACGGAUAUAUCUAACCUGGCUGGGAACCAACUUCUCUGUCAGCAUGUGGAAAGAAUCUCCAGCAUGCUCAUGCCAGAUGUGCUACUUAAGCUAUCUCUUCUUACCUGGCAUUUUGACGCAAGCGGUACUGUCUCUGAAGACCUCCUUCGAUUCCUCACAGGACCUCAGAAUAAUGAGGAUGUGUACAAGCUUCUCUGGAACCAGUAUAAGGAUCGUUCAGAACAUGAUGUGACACUCAAAGUCUUUAUUCUAGAGAUGUUGAGACUGAUGACUUUUCUUCAAGCUGCUCUUGCUACGAGAUGGAAUGUACUUAUGUAUCAGUGGCAGUAA